AUCGAACAAAAUGUUGCUUGCGCUAGGCUGGACAAAAUAAUCUUUACGGAAUGCAUUAUGUUGGGUAUACAAAACAAGUCAAAGUCACAUUGCGACUGACGGUUCGUUACGAGGGUAAAGAGCAUAGAACACGUGAAACCGAACUCUUAAAGACGGUGUUAGUUGGUAGCGCUGUGGAUUGCAUUAAUGGUGGUUCUGCUGUUGAAUUGGUGUUUGAAAUUAUCAGUUCGUUUAGUGAACAUUUUAUUUUUCGCGGCUAUAGUAGAAGCACAAUAGACCACUGUAGGUCGCGGUGCAAGGGCCGAGGAGGCGUACCCCUCAUAAAUUCAAAUGCGUAGUAACGCUUAUUUGAUACCGACAAAAUAGCGAGUAAUAAUAACAGUAUCGUACCAUCUAUAAAAUUGGUGUCAGAAUAGGUUAGGGUUCUUCAUUCGGAAACAACUAUAAAAUGUCGUUGGCAGAUGAAUUAUUGGCGGAUCUGGAAGAACAAGAUCAGGAUGAUAUCAAAGAGCAGUAUGUGGAGAGUGCAGUGGUACUGGACAUUAAUCCAAAUCCCACAGUUGUGCCAAUGGAAGAAGACAUCAAAAUUACUUCAAUACGUGAAAUUGCAAAGCUUAGAGAUUCAGAACGAUUACAGAAUAUAAUGGAUCAAAUUGAUGAUUAUAGUACGAAGCCUCACAAAGCGGAAGACAUAGUUGGACCAGUUGAGGCAGAUCCAGAAUAUCAGUUGAUUGUAGAGGCGAACAAUGUCGCAGUGGACAUUGACAACGAAAUAACUGUAAUUCAUAGAUUUACUCGUGACAAGUACUCGAAGCGUUUUCCAGAACUGGAAUCUUUGGUUGUUGGACCACUGGAGUAUGUCAUGACAGUCAAAGAACUUGGCAAUGAUUUGGAUAAGGCAAAGAAUAAUGAAGCCUUGCAGCAAAUUUUAACACAAGCCACAAUUAUGGUUGUCUCAGUUACUGCAUCGACAACACAGGGGCAGUUGCUUACUGACCAGGAGAAAGAAGACAUAUAUGAAGCUUGUGAUAUGGCUAUUGAAAUGAACAAUUUUAAGCAGAAGAUAUAUGAUUAUGUGGAGAGCAGAAUGGCUUUCAUUGCACCUAAUCUGUCAAUUAUUGUAGGUGCAUCCACUGCAGCCAAAAUAAUGGGUGUUGCUGGAGGAUUAACAAAACUAUCCAAAAUGCCAGCAUGUAAUGUCAUGGUGCUUGGAGCACAAAAGAAAACAUUGUCUGGUUUCUCCCAGGUCACCAUGUUGCCUCACACUGGCUUCAUCUACUAUUCUGAUAUCGUCCAGGACACACCCCCCGAUCUGCGACGCAAGGCAGCUCGAUUAGUUGCAGCCAAGAGCACACUGGCAGCUCGUGUUGAUGCAUGCCAUGAGAGCUCUGAUGGUCAUGUUGGACAGAUGCUUCGAGAAGAGAUAGAGAAGAAGCUAGACAAACUGACUGAACCCCCUCCAGUUAAAUUUGUAAAACCACUGCCAAAACCAAUAGAUGCAGGGAGGAAGAAGCGUGGAGGGAAGCGUGUUAGGAAAAUGAAGGAGCGUUAUGCCAUGACAGAAUUUCGUAAGCAGGCAAACAGGCUGAACUUUGCAGAUAUAGAGGAUGAUGCAUACCAGGAGGAUUUGGGAUACACUAGAGGAACUAUUGGCAAGACUGGAACAGGUCGAAUACGAUUGCCACAAAUUGAUGAGAAGACCAAGGUUCGCAUCUCAAAAACUCUUCAGAAGAAUCUGCAGAAACAGCAGCAAGUUUGGGGUGGCAGUACGACAGUGAAGAAACAAGUUUCUGGAACGGCAUCUAGUGUGGCAUUCACACCUCUGCAAGGAUUGGAGAUUGUCAACCCACAAGCUGCUGAAAAGAAAGUGAAUGAAGCCAAUGCCAAAUACUUUUCAAACACAUCAGGUUUCCUCAAAUUGCAGAAAACAUAAUGAGAGGACAGUGCUGAAGAUCUUGACUUUGUAAAUAAUUUCCUAGAAUUAAAAUGUGCUGCAGUUAAUAGUUAGAAAAUAUAACAUUUCCUUUAUAGAACUUGAGUUUCUCACAGAAGUGAAUAUUAAUAUUAUAGUCUGCUGGAUUGUGAUGCUGUAUAGCCUGGUAGAUGGGUAUCACCAUUUCAGAGAAUAUGCCAGCUCCAUCUUCAGGUCUGCCCUUCUGCGCUGUCAUGUAUCUACCAAACUGCAUGGCCUCACAUCCCACAAGCAUUUUAUUAUCCGCAUUUGAUUGGAUAAGUGCACGUUGACUGUACUGUAGGAUACCACUUUCUGAAUGAAAUUGAUCAGAUUCUUAAUAAAGUUCCUGUUUAUCCAUACAAGUCAUGUAAGAAUGAUACAAAUAUAUGUUUCGAAUUAUGCAGUCUUAAUAAAUGUAUAUAUUUGAACACAGAUCAUUUCAAAUAAUUC